AUGGCAGCUGUAGACGAUGAUGGAGCUGCUCCCUCCUUUUCGGAGCCGUUGGAUCUCGUUCGGCUGUCGCUUGACGAGGUCGUGUUUGUGAAGUUGCGCGGGGACCGCGAGCUCAAGGGUCGGCUUCACGCCUACGACAGUCAUUGCAACAUCGUUCUCGGUGACGUGGAGGAAACCAUCUAUAUUGUUGAAGAAGAUGAAGCUGGAGAAGAGACCAUCAAGACGAUCAAGAAGCAAGAGGAAAUGUUGUUCGUCAGAGGCGACUCAGUUGUACUGAUAUCACCACAGUCUCCAUCAAGCUGA